UUCUUGUCUGCAGAGGAGCGCUACUCUGUCACUACUAUGUCUUCAGCUGUGCAAACAGCAGAACAUGGACAUGGAGGGAACCAGAGAAUACCGUGUCCGCUGUACGGCUGUAAGCGGGUCUACUCUGACAUGAGCUCUCUGGACACACACAUCAAGGAUCAUGAGAUGCCAGCUCAGUCUCUUCCUGGGAAAGUCUUGCUGUGCUCCACUGUGGGCUGCAGCGGCUCCUUCCCCAACAUGCAGAAACUGAUGGAACAUAUGAGACAUCAUCACAAACCCAACAUAUUCUUCCUGUGUGAGAGCUGUCGCACAAAGCUGCGCUCCUACCGCGGCCUCCUCACUCACCUUCACACCUGCUCCAAGGUGACGCGGGGCAAAGCCAAGUCCGAGGCGACAAAUUCUCAAUCUGCCAACGUGAACCCCAUGGCCUCCACGGACCUGAACCCUGCACAGCUGGAUGCAGUGUCUGCACAGCACCAGCAGCCCCCUCAGAUCCCACAAACAGAUGGUUCCUUCCCUGCUGCUUUUCCUCAGCCAGACUCUGCUGCCCCCCCUUCCCUGUUCAACCCAGAUGCCACCUCUCCACAACUCACAGAGGCAGCUCCUCCACAGCCUCAGCUUGAUAGAUCAACAGCAGCUCAUGGCCCCCCUGUUACCCAUGCUCAGCACCAUCCUGGACCACAAACCAGGACUCCUGAGUCCCUCCAUCCUGCUCUAGCUCCAGCAUCGGCCCCUCAAUCUCCGCCGGGGUCUGCAGCUACGUGGAAGAAGAAUCAAGGAAUGGCCUGCAACAGACGUAUCCUCUGGGAGCACACGAAAGGCCGCUACACGUGUGUGCAGUGUGGCCACACAGCAACCAACCGCAAGGACAUGACUCAACAUAUCAGCACCCAACACAGCAGUAACAAACCUGCAGAGGACACCAGGAGUCCUGUUACUAACACAUGAUGUGGAGCUGCAGUCAUUUGAUAAACACUGACACCUUUAUUCAGAGCCAGCAGCAAUGGGUCAUAAUCUUUUCAUCCAUUUCCAUAAAGCACGUAUCAAAUAUGGUUUAGCAUGCUGGCUCACUGACUGCCUCCACAGUCCUCCUUUUAUCACCUUCAAGGCAGUCUGAGUACUGCCACUAUUCAUGUCAUUCAUUUAAGCUUGAUCUUAUAAGUUUAGUGCUAGAACUCAAUUAAAUCUGUGAAAAUGAUUAAUGUUGCACGCUGAAAUUCUCUUGCUGAUGCAGUCACUGGUGUAAAGGAGAAUGUUUUUGCCUGCAAUGUUUGAUCAAAUUUAAAGGAUCAUCUCAGGAUAACUGUUACAGCUUAACAUAUUCAGAUAUUGGCCUGAAAAUCUUAUGAUGUAACUGCUUCAAAAUAAAUAAACUACUGUAAGUUUGUGUUCAGGUUGAAAACAGUCACUGCUUUGGUUCCCAUUGGUUCUGGAGACAGGAUUCAAGAGUGAA